AUGAUGGCGUGCCCUUCGUCCAAAACUAGCCUAGUGCAGGCCAACCCCCACUACAGCGAAACUGCGUCGGCUCAAUCACGCAAGUGGUUGGAGGUUCAAAGGACUGCCAUAGCCUUAAGCCAGGAGCCGUGGGUUGGGGCUGGUAAAAUUAAAGGCCUAAACAACCUAAAAGGUAAGCUAUUCUACACCUCUGAACACAACAAGCCUAGAGCGUGUAUUUACACUACUAAAGAUAUCUGUGCACAACCAUUAACAGAUUUCUGUUCUAGAGACAUGUAUGCCGUGGCAAUACAAUACACACAGGAGAGAAGAUUAGUCGUCGCCUCGGUCUACAUGCCGGAGGAAGACACUCCUCCCCCUCAUGACCUCGGCAGGCUGGUGAACUUCUGCGAGAGGACCGGACUAGAGGUUGUGAUCGGGACGGACUCCAACGCACAUCAUACCCUUUGGGGAAUGGAAAAACCAAAUGAACGAGCUAAACAGAACACGUCGGGAUCCUUGUCUCUAAAGAAACCUGACGGUAGCUACUCAACAUCGCCGGAUGAAGCCCAACGCAUCCUAAUUGAAACGCACUUCCCAUGGGCCAUUCACAGUUUCCUCCCCUAUAAGGCGGCAAGACCUGACGGCAUAUUCCCGGCACUCCUACAGUGGGGGGGUAAAGCCCUAAUAAUCAGACUUGUUGCCAUAAUGCGAGCCGGUCUGGCUCUUAAAUAUGUUCCUAGGGGAUGGAGGGAAGUGAAAGUUAUAUUCAUACCCAAACCAGGUAAGAGCGACUACACUGACCCUAAAUCCUACAGGCCCAUUAGCCUCACAUCCUUUCUCCUAAAGACGAUGGAGAGGAUGUGUGAAAGGGAAUUAAGGGGGUCGGCGCUAAUGAACUUACCACUACACGAUAAGCAACACGCCUACUGUCUAGGCAAAUCAACAGAAUCGGCCAUUCAUCAGGUAAUUACAAAGAUUGAAGAGGCCAUCCAAAACAAAGAAAUAUGUCUAGGUUCCUUCAUAGAUAUAGAAGGUGCUUUUGACAGAACGAACUUCUCCAGUAUAAAAGGUGCACUCAGUAGACAUAAAGUUGAACCGGCACUGAUCGACUGGAUAGUUCACAUGCACAGUACACGAAUAAUAUAG